GUCGGAAUUGCUUGUCUGUUCAUUAGUAGACCAACUCAACCCAACAUGAAACUCCUUGGUAUAUUUUCACUAUUGUCUGCGGCAAGUUCGCUCGCUCUAGAACCUAACUACACUUCCCCUGCGGGCGUUGAAAUCUACAACCCCUCAACACUAUUCACGCCCACUGGACCAUGGAGCCUGAUGUCAAAGGCAGGCAACACUGUCUACAUUGCUGGCAUGCGAGGCAUCUACCCAUCCAACGACACUCUUGCGCCAGUCGGCAUCGACCGGAUCCGCCAGGCCUACGCCAAUAUGAUUCAGCUUGCCGAGCUGGCUGGGACGGAUCGUUUCUCGGCAGUACGCUUGGUAGUCUACACGACGGACAUGUAUCGUUACAGGCCGCUGUGCAACCAGGCACAGACGGAGUUCUGGGGCAACGAUCCUAACAGACACCCUCCCAGGUCAAUCAUCGAAGUGCAGAGGCUAAACGACGACGAUAUUGUGGAGGUGGAGGGGACUUUUCUGGCCCCUUAACAGUGAAAAUGUUCACUGGCGUGAAAACUGUUGGCUGUCAACGCGGAUAUUCUGCAGAUAUUUCAACGACAGACAUUGUCUACGAUUAACUCACAGAACUGAACGACAGUAAAGUCUCUUCCUGGUUAGUUGGACAUGAAGAUGUCUAACGGCUAUUCUUGUAAGACAAACAUACAGACACUCUCAAUUUUCCAACCGCUGGCACGGGUUUUCGCGUCGAAAUGUACUGAGUGAAGCUGCCACUCUCUACUGCUUGAUUCCCCAGUUCAGGCUAGGUUUUUAGGCUGGGAACAGAAUCUGCCGCUUUUAUAUCCUGUUGUAUUCUACAUUUUAAUUAUGAUCACCACACAUGAAGGCCGUCAUACUCGUUAAAUGUUACAUUGC